GUCGGAAGUCAAAGGUCAGUAAAUAGUGGUGAUGUCAUGCAGGCAAGAUGGCGGAAGGGGAGGACGUGGGAUGGUGGCGGAGCUGGCUGCAGCAGAGCUACCAAGCAGUCAAAGAGAAGUCCUCUGAAGCCUUGGAGUUCAUGAAGCGGGACCUGACAGAGUUUACCCAGGUGGUGCAACAUGACACGGCCUGUACCAUCGCAGCCACGGCCAGCGUGGUCAAGGAGAAGCUGGCUAUUGCAGCCUGUUGCCGGGGCGCUUGCUUCCUCUGCCCAUUCUCUAUACAGACGGAAGGCUCCUCAGGAGCAACGGAGAAGAUGAAGAAAGGGUUGUCUGACUUCCUAGGGGUGAUCUCAGACACCUUUGCCCCCUCACCAGACAAAACCAUCGACUGCGAUGUCAUCACCCUGAUGGGCACACCAUCUGGCACAGCUGAGCCCUAUGAUGGCACCAAGGCUCGCCUCUAUAGCCUGCAGUCGGACCCAGCAACCUACUGCAAUGAACCAGAUGGGCCCCCGGAAUUGUUUGACGCCUGGCUUUCCCAGUUCUGCUUGGAGGAGAAGAAGGGGGAGAUCUCAGAGCUCCUUGUAGGCAGCCCCUCUAUCCGGGCCCUCUACACCAAGAUGGUUCCAGCAGCUGUUUCCCAUUCAGAAUUCUGGCAUCGGUAUUUCUAUAAAGUCCAUCAGCUAGAGCAGGAGCAGGCCCGGAGGGACGCCCUGAAGCAGCGGGCGGAACAGAGCAUCUCUGAAGAGCCUGGCUGGGAGGAGGAGGAAGAGGAGCUCAUGGGCAUUUCACCCACAUCUCCAAAAGAGGCAAAGGUUCCUGUGACCAAAACUUCUACAUUCCCUGAAGGAGGACCUGGCCCCCAGAGCCCCUGUGAAGAGAAUCUGGUGACCUCAGUUGAGCCCCCAGCAGAGGUGACUCCAUCAGAGAGCAGCGAGAGCGUCUCCCUCGUGACACAGAUUGCUAACCCGGCCGCUGCACCUGAGGCACCAGUGCUGCCCAAGGACCUGUCCCAAAAGCUGCUAGAGGCAUCUUUGGAGGAACAGGGCCUGGCUGUGGAUGUGGGCGAGACUGGACCCCCGCCCCCUAUUCACUCCAAGCCCCUAACCCCUGCUGGCCACCCCAGCGGCCCAGAACCCAGGCCUCCAGCCAGAGUAGAGACUCUGAGGGAGGAGGCUCCCACAGACUUACGGGUGUUUGAGCUGAACUCGGACAGUGGGAAGUCUACACCCUCCAACAAUGGAAAGAAAGGCUCAAGCACAGACAUCAGUGAGGACUGGGAGAAAGACUUUGACUUGGACAUGACCGAAGAGGAAGUGCAGAUGGCACUUUCCAAAGUGGAUGCCUCUGGGGAGGUGAGUGGGCCUGGUGGGUCAGAGGGACGCGAGCCUAAUGGUCCUGGAUGUGAGAACUCUCCCCAGCCAGCCCAGCUGUCCCCUCAGGAGGGUCACUGCUCCUGUCUGAGGUGAUAGGUUGUGGGAAAGGAGCUGGAGCUUCCUGCUCAGAUCCACAACAGUGGUCAUCGGUAGGCUCCACUUCCCCUCAGUUCCAGGGUAGAUAGAGGGGAGAGUUCUUGACAUUAGCUCUGUAUUAAAAUUGCCUGAGAAACUGCUUAAGAAAACAGAUGCCGUGCUGGGCGCGGUGGCUCACGCCUGUAAUCCCAACACUUUGGGAGGCCAAGGUGGGAGGAUUGCUUGAGGCCAGGAGUUCAAGAUCAGCCUGGCCAAUAUAGUGAGACCCCAUUUCUAUUUUUGAAAAAAAAAAGACAUCAAACCCUACCUGACCUUCUGAGUUGUGGUCCCCAGGUAUGAGGCCUGAGUAUAUACUUGGCCUUGGAGACAAAAGACCAGUGUGAUCAAGGGCAAGUUACUUAACCUAAGCCCCUGAUUCCUCAUCUAAAACAUGGAAUUGAUUAUUAUAAGACCUGGCUUAUAAGCUGUAAUGAGGUGAUCCAUGUAGACACCUUAGGGCUAGUGCCUGAGACAUGGUGGCACUCAGGAGACAUUAGUGAUAAACCCCACAAAACCCAUUCCAGUUAUUCAGCUCAAAGAGGCCUUAGUACUGUUAUUCUUCACUACCUCUCAGAAUCAAAAGUGGCUCAUUUAGAUUCAGAGGCUGGAACAGUCCAAAGCUCUCCCAGCUAAUUAAUGACAGGACUGAGGCUGCAGCCCAGAUAUCUGAUUCAUGUCAGCAUUACUUCCACUGUCACAUAAGAACCACAUGAGUCCUUCCAUCGUGUAACUCAUGAGCCUGUUAGAAAGAGGUGGACAGAUUAGAGAGACCUGUGAAGGGCCUCCUUUUUCAUGACGGGAAACUGAAGCCUUGGGGGAGUAUUCUGUCUACAGGAGUAUUUUGCACUUGUGACUACCUCACUAUACUCAGGACAGAGAAGGCCUAUAGUGCCCUGUCAGGCCACAGGGGCUUGCUGACUUUUUGUGUCUUUGCAGCCCCCUUUAAAACCUGAUUGCAAUACACCUGAGCAUUCUAGAACCUCUUAUACCAGGGCUUAGCCGACAGCAGGCCAAGAGUAGGAACAAAGCAAGAAAAGGUUCUGUGGGGAGACUUGAGCUGGGAAUUAGGGUGUUGGUGCCCCUAGUGAAGACCUAGUGGGCACCUUAGGCCACUGCCACCUCUGUUUUUAACCAUAGUGCCACUUGGAGAGUGGCCCCCAUUCACCCAAAGGCUAAGUAACUUGCCCUUGAUUACACUGUUCUUUUGUGACCAAGGCCAAGUAUCUGCUCAGGCCUCCUAAUUAUCUGCAUCUCAGAGCCAUGGCAUUAUCUGCUCAGCAGGAGGCAAGUUCUCCUUAAAGGACUGGGGCUGACUUGGUUCCUGUAGGCAGCCAUCACCUUGUGGUGUCUGGUGUUGGUUGUCGGAAGCGUUUCCUUUAGGUCUGAAAUAAUCAGAGCAGCAGGCCCACCCCUCAAGCAGAGGGCAGCUCUGCCCCUCAGACACAUUCCUUAAGACUAGGGGUUCACUCUCAGUAGGGGGCAGAGUAUGGCCUAAGGUAGGGGAUGGGAGGUGGCUCUGCUCAGCAAGGGGAGGUUAGGUCUGGGCCUGACUCAGGAGUAACUAUGUGUUUGUGAUCUCCAUUACCCCCUCCCAUCUGCAGCUGGAAGAUGUAGAGUGGGAGGACUGGGAGUAAGGGAGCCAGAGGGAGCAGCUCCCCCACCCAUGGCAUCUCUCGCCUCCCUCGUUCGUCUCAGCCCAGCCCUGGAAGACUCUGAGAAUGUCCCCCCAAAUCUCCUUUGCCAACCAGAGCUCUGGGCACAGAUUCUGGUGGCUCCCUGCUGGCCCUCUGGGCCUCUGCUCAUGCCUGGAAAGGGGCUCUCUAAAUCCCGGCCAGGAACUCUGACUUGUGCCAACAAUAGGAUGACCCGAGGGAGAGGAAACCUAUCCCCCGUCACCAGAAGAGCCUGUGUUUUUUCUGCUGAACACCCAGUGUUCCUGAGGACUCCUGCUGGGAAGUCCCAAGGGAUAGUUCUAGCCCUUCUGCCUGUGUAGACAGAAGCUAAACCACCAGUCUCUCGGAGGAAGCCGAGACAACACACACUGUCCACCAUAAGCAGGCAGGGAGGGCCACGCCACCUACCCUUGGCUAAACAGGGACAGCAAACACAUUUUGGUUCCUAUCCCAGUGGGUAAGAUGCACUUACCUCUGGGAAAUUUGCCUCUCCUCUCUUGGGAAUCUCCCCUUCCCAGGCAUUUUCCAUUCCUGGAAAGGCUCCUUUGGGGUUCAGAAUCCAGAGACCAAACCCUGACCCACCUCCUUCCUUUCCUCCAGCCCACGCUGGUCUGUCCCUAUGCCUUCCCAGGGCUUCUUCAUGUCAGAUGCACCCAAGUCCUUAGCCCAGCUGUGCCACCUGCGGGAGUUCGCUCUUGCAUUUCUUCCCCUCCCCAAGAAGGGAGGGGGCCACUUGAGGCCCUUCUGUGUGUUGCCUGGCAGGAUACCUUGUCCAACCAGCUACCCACCUCAACUCCCCUGUAGCUUAGGACACAAAACAGCUACCAGCGGUACAGAGCGGUGAUCACAGCCGAGUACUUACAACUCUGGUAAGCCUAGCUUCUCCGCCUCAGCCCUUCUGCUUCUGGAAGGGCUAUCCUGGGGGUGAACUUGAAACUCUCAUCAGGCUUCUGCAAAAGCUCUUCUUCCUGAAGACAGACCCAGCCUUUGCGCUCUCACCCUCCAGUCUGGUAAAGCUGCACCUCUGGGGGAAUGAGGGGCUGCAGGAAUCUCUGGAGAGCCUGGUGCUUCACGAUGCUGCUCUGGUGAUUCUUGUACCUAAUCUGGUGUGCUCACCAGCGAGUGAAAGGGAUCGUGGUCAGGGACACCGAGAGAGUGGGGUCACUUCUACUUCAAACCUUCAGUGAGGGGGUGGGUUGGAGAGAAUGCUGAAUCUUUUUUUUGACGGGAUGGGGUUUUUCUCUUUGUAAUUAUUUCUUUAGUUUAAUUAACUUUUUGGUUGUUUGUGCAAUAUUAUAUAUUUUAAAUUAUAAUGCAUCUCCCCAGAGUAUUUUGUAGCUGGGAAAAGAAAAAAGGAAAAAAAAAAAAAGAUUCUAACAGCUGUUAGUUUUAUAAUUAAAAAAGAAAGAAAAAAGAACUUUGUCCUGAACCUUUUACAGACUUGCCGUUAACAGCAUUAAAGUGAUUCAACCAAAGCUG